GUACUAUGUAAGAAAUAUUAGAAACCAACGAAAGAGACACAUGGGGAGCGGCGAGUCAGGGGUUCGUUAGGUUGGGUUAGAUGGGUUAGGUUAGGAUGUAGGUACCUACACUACCUCAUACUAGUACAACUCACCGCUAUCGCCGAGAUUUCUGACGAUAGUAACAAAAAAAAGUGCAAAGGCUGUGUGGCAAGUGGGUCUUAUUCCGGAUCCACCCCCGUUAAGCCUGUUCUAGGCCCCGAAGUCAUAAUCCAUCUCAUCUUUUUUUUUUCCUUAUGUUAUCUCAUAAUAAAACCCUCACUAGUCGCUCGUUAUCUUGAUAUUAUUCUAUUCCAUGCAUUGUUAGUCCAUCUCUCCUUUUUGUUUUCCUUAGGUCACCAAACCCACGACCGGGACAACGAGUCUGAAUUAGGACUCCAAUGAGCCCAGCGGGUCAUCCGCUGUCUCCCACGAGCAGCCUACCGCCAUUACGCUCAUUAACUACUCUCAAAGGAGAACAAAUAUUCUCGGCUCUAGACAACCUACAACAGCUGUAUUGUCCCGUCUCGUUAUCACGGGCGGUUAAAUCGCAACUCGAGCAUGGGAAACUUCACGAUGAUGUGCUAGCCCAGCCGGUGGAUUCCGGUUACGUCUCCGAAGACGAUACGGAUAUUGAGCACAUAGACUCAGAAUACGAUCUUGAUGAGCUGCGUGCCGAUGUUUUUGAGCGCAAUUUCGCCAUUCGGUGGUUGACAGCUUUGAUCGCCAGCGCGGAAGAGUUGCCCCUGGGCGAUGAAGACGAGCGCGAGCAGGCCGUCGACAAAGCUUCUUUUAUUCUCGCAUCAUUCACCAAGCUUACGGAUGAAGACGACGAAGAGGAUGCGGGAAUUACGCGAGAGUUUUCUUUCAAGCUGGCGCUGUCCCCUGAUGAGGGUUCUCUCAGGUCAAGGGAGUCCGAUAUCCCUCAGAAGGUCUCGAUAGACGUGCGCCUCAACGAUGCGCCACAGACCACUACCGACCAUACCGACGUCGGUCUACAGAGCUGGGGCGCAUCUAUCGUUUUCUCCGAACUACUAUGCGCGUCACCUGAGCGGUUUGGAUUUAGUCGAGAAGCUCUCGGCUCGUCUCCGCGUAUCAUUGAGCUUGGCGCAGGGACAGGGCUAGUUAGUCUUGUUCUCGACAAAGCGAUGCCUCAUCUUGGUAUGCCUGAUGCCACCCUCAUAGCAACAGACUAUCAUCCGGCUGUUCUUGAGAAUCUACAAUCCAAUGUUAGGCUUAGCAGGGCGAGAGUAGAGACAUGUCCUCUCGAUUGGUCAGCCCCUAUCUUGGAGGGACCGCUCAACCUAUCAGCAGACGUCCUGGUGGCAACCGAUGUGAUAUAUGCACAUGAGCACGCCGUGUGGCUACGCGACUGCGCAACACGCUUACUCGCGCCUAAGGGGGUGUUCUGGCUUCUCAUGACCAUACGCCCGAAUGGCCGUUUCGAAGCCGUGAUCGACUCUGUCGAAGCCGCCUUCAGAGGAUCACACCCCAAAGCCCCGGAUGGCCGAUAUCUUGCAAUUCUGAGCAUGGAGGGCGUUGAAAAGCGCCGCGGUGUUGGACGUGGAGACGAGAGCGGAUAUAAACUAUUUAGAAUUGGCUGGGCCUAGCCAAUAACCCGAAGUUAGACGGGCAUUAGAAUCAUAGAGCUACUAGAACUAUAGAGCUAGACGCAUGGGUAGAGUUAAAGCGUAGAGCGUUUAAGACCAUGGUAGAUUCGGCAUAGAGGCGUCUUUAGCACCUGGGUUUGUUUAAAUUUACGAUAAUAAUUCAUAGCUUAUGUUGACAGAGGAGAAACCAGGUUACUACUAUAUCUUUGUACUGUGUCGAAGGUAGUUUAUGCAUAU